AUGGUUGCUCAUGUUAUGUGUUUAACCUCUACUGGUGGAAUUCCUUUGUUUUCUCGUCAAAAAGGAGAAGGAGAUACAAUGACAUUUUCUAAAAUAGCAUCUCUAUAUGGAAUACAUAUGUUUCUCAAAUCACAAAACAUAAGACUUUGGAGUACAAAUUUACCUGAUACUAUGAUAAUGUGGAAAGAGUUUGAACAAAGUGUUACAUUAAUAGUUAUUGCAAGUGGAACUACCAAAUCUGUAUUAGCUAAGUUUCUUAAUGCUGUUUUUGGUGCAAUGAUUUUGUUUGUUGGUAUUGAAGAACUAAAAAGUACAAAAAAUAUUGAAAAAUUGAAGAAAGAUGUACGCUUAUGUAGCCCAAUUGUUGAUAGUUUAUUACAAUGUCUUGAUGUUGGAGAUGGAAUUUGUUCAAAAACUGAUAUUAUUAAUAUGACAGAAUGUAUAAUGUGCCAGGAAAAUAGUUUAUUUCAGACAUGCUUGGAAGGUUAUAUGGAAUGCUUGGACUCUAUAUAUGGAUGUAUCUUAAUACAUGGAUGUUUAGCAGUAGCUACAGAAGGAUGGUGGAAUUUAAAUCCCAUAGAAAGAAAAUUAUUAAUAAUAGCUGUUAAUACAGAAGAUACUUAUACUACACGAGACAUUCCAGUAUUUCUACCUUAUAAAAGUCCAAAUGUGGCUUUCAGAUUAGUGUCUAUAACAUUAAUUAAUCAAGUUGAAGUAUUAGCCUUAUGUGGACCAAAUCCAGAUUUAUCAGAAAUUGAGAAAUUUGCUGUACAAUGUUGGAAAAAUAGUAUUGACGCUUUACACACUGCAGAGCAAUGCUAUCCACAAAAUUUACCUACAUCUGUAAAUUUAGAUUCAGAGACACUUGGAUUUCUUUUAACAAAUUAUAAGAUACAAAAAUUUAUACUUGGUAAAAAUAUGCAGUAUGCAAAGAAUAGAAUCAGUGGAUCCCACAGGUUGGAUAUAUUAAGAACAUUUUAUCAUCAAGCUGUUGAAGCAUAUAUAUUAUCUUCAGAAUUUGAAUGUAAUACAACAGAUGAUAGUUGGAAAUUUGUUGGUACAAAGGAAACUUAUUUAUGUUCAGAAUACCACAAAUGUUACGCAGUUAAACAUGGAGAUCAUAUACUUUGCAUUUUAUGUGCUUCUACAGUUCCUACUCAUACAGUGAGAUCAGUUUGUCAAAAAAUAUUGAAAGCAUUACUUUUUGAUAAACAUGGUUGUUGGUAA